ACGACGAGCAGCGCCGGAGGAGGGUCACGGAGGCCCGGAGAUGGACGCAGCGCCCCGGUAGACGCGCCAGAGCCGGUAAAAGCGAUAGAUCCGCCAUCGAUCGGUGAUCGGAUGUCAGCCGUGAGCGGGCCGCGAGAAAGAAGAACCGGAGGGGAAACAUGAGUCGGCAGCAGCAGCAGCAGAUCCAGGGAGUGGUUCUGACGGGUUACCACAGCAACGCGGAACUGUUGCCGCAAACCAGGCGCUGCGCGUCCAGCUGCCCGCAAGUCCCGGAGUCCGCAGAGCCCAGUCGCAGAACCGGCCACUACACUGUGCAGCAGAACCAGAACCCCCAGCAUGGAGACAGAUAUGGACCCUCGGAUCCGUCGGCGCUGUCCAGUUCCAGCUCAGCACCUAUACCCAGAACCCAGCUCUCCUCCAGCCCGAAGCAGGGCUCCAGCCCCCGACAGAGUCCCAACUCCAGGCCCAGACCCCGACCCCCGUACCAGCGCUACAACUCUCAGGACUCUCUGGACGAGCUGGAGAUGGACGACUACUGGAAGGAGGUGGAGAACAUCACCCGGUCUGGAGGAGGAGCAGCGAGGGGAGACGGAGAGGUUCAAGAGGAGGAGCAGCAGAAAACUCCUGAAGAGGGCGAGCAGGAGGAGGCGUGGCUCACGGAGGCGGGGCUACAGCGGCUGUUUGACGACUCGUUGGCGGCCGACCAGGAUCAGGAAGUAGACAGCGCAGUGUUUCUGUCGACGCUCACCAGGACUCAGGCGGCGGCCGUGGAACGCCGCGUCCAGCAGACGCUACGGCGACGCAACCGGCAACACCUCCCGGAUGUUCGGGACAUAUUCAGACCCCCGGAAAAGAACGAGGAGCCUCGCAGACUCAAAGGGGGAAGCGAGAACGGACAGAAGGACUCAUCUCCAGCCGAGACGGAGACGGAGCUGAACGUCGAGGUGGCGUUUUCCGAGCAGGCGCUGUCCUACCGGGAGCACCAGCAGAGGUCCAAGGUCACGGCCAGCCUCAGCUCACCUGACGACAAGCUGCCGAACUUCAAGCUACUUCGAGACAAAACAGGUCAGACCAGGAUCGGAGAUCUGUCUCCUCUGGAUAUGAAAAAGGUGCGCAGGCUGGUGCUGGUGGAGAUGACGGCGCUGCUGGACACGGCCGGCAUCGACCUGAAGGCGCACAAGGCCGUCAAAGUGAAGACUAAAGAAUCGGGUCUGUUCGGCGUUCCGCUGCAGACUUUACUGGAUCAGGACCAGAGGAGGCUGGCUGGGACCAAAGUGCCAUUAAUCCUGCAGAGGCUCAUCAGUCACAUCGAGGAGGAGGGUCUGGACACUGAGGGGCUGCUGAGGAUCCCUGGAGCUGCAACCAGAGUCAAGUCUCUGUGCCAGGAGCUCGAGUCGUCCUUCUACGACGGGACGUUUUCAUGGCAGCAGCUGAAGCAGCACGAUGCUGCCAGUCUGCUGAAGCUGUUCAUCAGGGAGCUUCCUCACCCGCUGCUGACCGUCGAGUACCUCAACGCCUUCAUCGCCGUCAACAAACUUCCCACCAAGAAGCAGCAGCUGCAGGCUCUGAACCUGCUGGUUCUGCUGCUGCCUGAAGCCAACCGGGACACUCUGAAGGCGCUGGUGGAGUUCAUCCAGCGCGUCAUCGACCACCAGGCCAAGAACAAAAUGACUCUGAACAACGUCUCCGUCGUCAUGGCGCCCAACAUCUUCAUGUUCAAAGGCUUCCGGUCCAAAGUCACGGAGCAGCAGGAGUUCUCCAUGGCGACCAGCACGGCCAGCAUCGUUCGGCUGCUCAUCCGGUACCAGAACCUCCUGUGGACGAUCCCGAAGUUCAUCGUGACCCAGGUCAGACAGCAGAACAUGGAGAGUCAGAGGAAACAGAACAAGGAGCGAGCGGUGCGGAAGCUGCUGAAGAAGAUGGCCAUCGAGAAGCCGCCUGAGAGAACAACUCCUGAGGUUCAGGAGAAUUCGCAGGGAUUCAUCCGAGUCCAGGCGCCGCAGUUCAGCAAAGUUUCGAUGGCGGUCCAGCUGACGGCGGAGCUGCAGGCUGCCGAUGUGUUGACCCGCUUCAUCAGCCAGGACAGCUCAGUGGCGCUGAAGAAAGAAGAGUUGUGUCUCUAUGAGAUUGGUGGAAACAUCAAGGAGAGAUGCCUGGACGGGGAAACCUACAUGAAGGACCUCUUCCAGCUGAAUCCUACAGCGGAGUGGGUCAUCAAAGCCAUGCAGCGAUAGACUCGCUUCUACGAUCCCGACCCGCUGGAUGCUACAGAUUUUAACCACUGUGUCCUGCUGGGAGGAGACGUCGCCCGGUUCUCAGAGGUUUCUGCUGCUUCUGGAUGAACCACUACCAACGAAAAAAAAAUAAUAAUUUCAUUAAAUUGCAAUGCUCUAGUGGGAAACUGUAGGUUGUGGCAUUCAUGUGGAUGUUACUGUGACAUGUAGCAUCCACCUAAACACUGCUGCGGACGCUCCCAUGGCAACGAGAUGCUCAAAACACUGCUCAGGAACUGCUCGAGGAACCCGACCAAGAGCCCGACCCAGCCUUCAAACUCCCCAGAUCCCCAGUGUGUGUUUGAUUAGUCCAGAGAUCUACCAGAAAAUGUAUGAUUUUGGUAAAAAAAAAAAUGUCCUAUCUAGUUCAUGCAUAACCAGAAUUCCCAAAUAAGGAGGAAAAAAAGGGAAAUUACAGUUUGGGAUCACGAACCUUUCAAAUGACGCUGAAUUUUUGGGCUGCAUGUUUGAUAGGCUUGAAGUGGAGUUGUCCAGAUGAAAGAAAACCACUCGCUCACUGUGAUUUAUUGCAGAUAAUCACUUUAUUGUUUGUGCAGAAAAGGGAUUAAAAGUGUAGUUUGAUGCAUUCAAUCAUUAAAUCACAAAUCAGUCACACAGAUGAUUAAAAGUCCAAUUAUGUGUUGGCUAAGAUAAUCUUUUAUCUAUUAUUUUUCUGAGUAAAACACUCUAACAGGUAAAUAAAUUGCCAUUUUAAUGAGUUUUAUAACGGAGGAACAGUCUUUGGAGGUUUUUUUUUUUUUCGAAUCCAGCAAAAACUGAUGUUUUUGCGAUCACUCCGUCACUGGGGGCACGCUAUGAUGACAUCACCGGUUCUAUGGUACAUGAGUAUUUGUGGAUGUUUGAGUGUGUUGAUGUGUGACUCCAUCUUUUAAAGAACCACUGGACACAUGAAUACAUGUUUUUAUACAUAUAUGUAUAUAUAAUGGCGUGUGCGUAAGUUCACUGGGAAACUAUUAAAGCGAGUUUUGUACCAAACAUCUGAUCAUAAUAAGGACGUGUUGAACUAUUUUACCAUCGACAUAAACUGCUGUCUGCAUAAAUGGCCUUAUGAUACGACACGUUUGCACAUAACGGGUUCCAAAAGUAUGUGGACAAGAACACUUUUGGCAUCUGUUAUUUUGAUUUUUGUCUCUUUAUAAUCUAGGUAUCAGCUGAUGUAGUACUUUAGCAAAAGUUCCAUUUUCAUUUCAUAUUUCUCGGCACGUGUUUGUGCUUCUCUCAGCUUUAAACAGUCAGAAAUCAUGAAUGCUUUUCCUGUGGAAAGCUGCAGAGGAUUAACUCGUAAUACUUGUUGAAUUAUUCUGAAUAUCCAGACUUCUGUGAGCAGUCUGUCACUCCCUGUGUUGUAUUAAGCUGUUUACUGUGAAUGUUUUUUUGUUUUUUGUUCCAGAUGAUGAUGUCUGUAUGUACCUGCCUGUGAAAUGACCACUAAAACUGUCUGUAAAUAAACAUGCAGUUGUUAAUUACCAAU